AUGCAGCAUCCCACAUUUGUGUCACGUUCUGGAGACAACAUCAAAUCAAACCAGUUGGUUCAUUUCUGAGUCUGAUGAUCUUUAUGUAACUGCAUUCACACAGUCUGGCAGUUUUGACCCAGGAGUGCAAUUCCAAUGGGAUAUUAAAGAGAUAAACUCAGUGGGAGAAACCUUUCCAUUUAAUCAAACUAAACAGGACAUGUUCACAGAAGGCACUUUUACUUCAUCUUGGCAUAUUAAUAAAAACUAUUUUAUGAUUCGAUCAGAGAAUGUCACAGGAUGCAUUGUCUGUGCCACUUUAACUGGAAACAUGUACAAGGGAACAGUGUGUUUAAGAUUUACCUACCUACCAAAACUGACGACAGGCACAUGCACAUAUAAUCUUACAAAUGAAAUAAUGUGCGUAAACUGUAAAAAUUUCAGCAGCAUAGUGAGCCAACUGAGUUAUACGUUUUUCAUUAGGAAUUCAUCCUUCAAUUUGGUCCUUGCAAGUGGAAAUUCCCCUAGUGCUUGUUUCUAUGUGGUUUAUCUGAACCAGACGGCAGAUGCCUGUGUUUAUGUUUCUGACAAAUUUGGGAGUUCAGUAGAAGUAUGCUAUGGUAAAAUUAGUAUUCCAUCUAAGCCACCGGGUGUUCUACGUAACUCAGUAAUUUUACUUCAAUCAAACAAUAUUUCUGCAAUGAACAGGCUAAUAGUUACUGGGCAGUUAUCAGAAAGUUCAGCUCUGGUUACAAGCUAUGCAGCCAUGGUGAAAACAUUUACUGAGCUUCAAACUAGUGGAGCUAAUUCUUCAACAAGUAUUUCGGAUCUAAUUGCAGAUCGUAAUUCACGUUCACAGGUUGUUGCAAAGUUGGUCAGCGCAAUUAGUAACUUCAUUCCUACUGAUUCUAAUUCAUUUAUUCUGUCGAUGUCAACUGCCUCAGUUUUACUGAGCAAUACGAUGGAUGUGGGUAGAACUUCACAGACAAAACUAACCACUUAUUUUAAGCAAGUCACGCAAACCUUCGAAACUAUUGCCUUUGAUAGCACUUAUCAGCUGUUGAAAAUGGCAACUACGGUAUUUGAAUCAACGUUUCGUUUGGCUGUCGCCGCUAAUAAACAAAUCAACAACCCAGUUCCAAGUGAUAUACCUACAGUUCUUGCCUCGCUUGAAUACAAUGUUGACCUUGAGAAAGAAGGUUUGAUAACUUCUGGUUUAGAUCCUAUGCGUGAUUUAAUGUUGAAAAACAGUGCUGAUCAACAAUCUUUGUUGGCUGCUCAAGUAUCAGAUAUGUUAAGUAAUCUACUAAAAGCAGUACGAGGUGUUUCAAAAAGCUUGCUAAUUGAAGGUGCAAACCCAAUUACAUUCAAAACAACAGAAGGAGUUGUUAGCCAGUAUAAAAUCCCAUCAAACAACCUAUCAAAUAGUAUUAUAAUACCAGUUGGAAGUGAUUCACAGAUUUUCGUGAAUAAUUUGUGCACAAGUAUUCAAGCACUGAAUAAUAGUUGCUCAUUCGCAUAUGAUUUGCAAUCAUUCGUGUCAAACACAAACCUCUUCUCAUUUCGUACAGGUUCACCAAUACCAGUACCAUCAGAUACCCAAACUAUUUCUAUGAUUUUAUACAGUGGCACUAAACCACUUGUAAUUGCAAACGCUGUUGAAGUUUUCAAAGCCUUUAUUCGCAGGUCCGCAAGUCUUAAACAUCAAAACUUCACAAGUAUGAACCCAAGUACCAAUCGACCUCAACUACCUCCUCCACGAAUAGCUGUAGACGAAACAGAAGUUUACCAGGCGCUUUUAGUUAGUCAUCAAGUUGUACCGGAUAAUGUUGCUGUAGUUUUCCAGCUUUUUCCUGAAAAUAUCUCCGAAUGUCCUCAAUAUAUACUCUUUCUAAGACUCAUUAAUCCACCGAUUAUUUCAACAUCCUACGGAGGAUAUGACAUGUGGACAACACUGCCUAAGAAUACUUCAGAAUGUGAUGGCAUGACCGCAGAUCCAAGUGAUUCAAACUACAAAUAUACAUUUUUGUUGGAUAACAGACAACUCAUGCGGCUUAGGUCAUCAAUAAAGUACAAAGAAACUGCUGAAACAUUACAAAAGUCUGCAGCGCAAACAGUUUAUAUCGGCUUCCGCCAAUUGAACAAAGGAGAAAUUGAUUUUUACACUGAGACAAAUCUCCCAUCGAUUCCUUAUCCGUAUAGGGAUCAAAUAAAUAAUACAGCACUAUCACGUUGGUUUUUAACAAAUUGUCUGUCCAGUCCACUAGGUUCAGCAACGCGGUGGUCUACAAAUAAUUGCAGAGUCGGCCCAAAGACUACUGUCCAACAAACUGAAUGCAUCUGUGAUGAAUUGUCUACAUUCACGGCUGGAUGGUUUGAAUUACCUAAUAACAUUGAUUUUGAUUAUGUAUUCGCUAAUAUUGAUUUCUCCAAGAAUCCUACUCUGUAUGCCACGGAGAUUACGAUUUGUAUUGUAUUCUUCUUCUUAUUUAUUUGGGCACGUAGAAAAGACAAUAGAGAUUUGGCGAAGAUCGGUGUUACUCCACUUGCUGAAAAUAAUCCAGACCAUGAAUACUUAUAUGAAAUCAUUGUCAGUACAGGAUUUCGUAAAUCUGCAGGUACCGACUCAAAAGUCUGUUUCAUCUUAUCUGGUCAGUAUGGUGAGACAGGUCUCCGCGUACUUCAAGAUCCCUACCGAAAAGUGUUGGCUCGUGGAAAUGUAGACAGAUUUUUACUUGCUUGUCCACGAUCACUUGGACCACUAAUUUACAUUCGUUUGUGGCAUGAUAACUCUGGUGUAGGCGAUAAAGCAUCCUGGUAUUGCAAUUACGUUGGAGUGGUAGAUUUGCAAACCAGAGAGAAGUCACACUUCAUUGUUGAAAGUUGGUUUGCAGUUGAAGAAGAUGAUGGUCAAGUUGAUCGCCUUAUUCCAGUGACAAGUCAGGAAGAACUGUUGACUUUCAGGCACAUGUUCAGCACUACAGCUUCUCGCAAUAUAGCCGAAGAUCAUUUGUGGGUUUCAAUUGCCGCCAGGCCACCUCAAAGUCGAUUCACAUGUGUGGAAAGAGUAGCUUGUUGUCUGCUAUUACUGUAUUUAUCAAUGCUGGGUUCAUGCAUGUUCUAUAAGGGUGAAGGAGCUGUAAAACAGCCGAAUUUGUUUAGUAUCGGACCAUUUGGACUCACUGCUACUGAGCUUUAUGUUGCAGUUGUCAACAAUGUGCUGACAUUCAUUCCCUUAUUCUUAAUCAUGUACAUAUUUCGUAACUCAAGCCUACGUGUCAGUCAUACAACUAAAUUACUGGAUGUGAUCGAGGAACACUUGGACGAGAAAUUAUAUCUUGGCGAAGCUUCAUUUAUUUAUACCAACCACCAGAAAGGCAAACAGAAUGAUCCAGAAGCACCAGUUGAAAACACUGGAGAGCAAAUGGUUAAGAGAAAGGGGUUCAGAUGUUUUUGUGGAUGGCAAUUCCGUAUACUUGCCUGGUUGUUGAUUGUUUUAUGCUUAGCUACCGCUGUUGCCUUCACUACAUUCUACGGUGUGAUGUUUGGAGAAGAUACUUGCAAAAAGUGGCUUUCUUCAUUGUUCCUGUCAUUCUUUAUAAAUAUAUUUUUAGCACAACCAAUUAAGGUAUUGCUGAUGGCUAUGUUGUACUCAUUUGCUUGCAAAUCACCUGACCGAUUGGAUCAGUUGCAGUUGUUCGAAGAAGAGGAUCGCCUGAUUCAAACGUUAGGCAAGCGUUAUCAGCUACAAAUGGAUGAGGAAUACGUGCAUAAGGACUACUUGCUCUCAGAUUUUCGCCCACAUCGUCUUGUAAUCUUGCCUCCGGAUCCAGCAGACUUGGCACGCGCCCGAGCUUAUAGGCUCAAACAACGGAAAGCUAGUGACGUCACUAGAGAAGUUGUACUUUACGUAUUAUUUCUCGUACUGCUGUUAGCAGUUAGUAUACAAUUUCGUGAUCCUAAUGCAUUCCUUUUAAAAUCCAGCCUACAGAAUUCAUUUUUCGCAGGUGAUUUUCAGAAGAUUCUUACAGUGGACGACUUCUAUAAAUGGUGUAAUGGGGUAUUAAUUCCUGGUCUACGUGUAGAUCGAUGGUAUAACGGCAACCCACCAUUAUUCCAACGGGGAUUUUUGGCAGAUCGAGCUGAUCGAAUUAUUGGGUACGCAAUGAUGAGACAAGUGAGAACGAAACCAGAUUCAUGCAACGUACACAACUUAGCCACGCACCUAUUUAAACAUUGUUACGCGACUUAUGAUACUUUUAAAGAAGAUAAAACAGACUAUGGAAUAUCCUGGGUCGCUUUCCAAGGAAAUGAGAAGUCUAACAAUUCUGCACCAGAAUACGUCUAUCAAAGUGCAUCACAACUGAAAGGUUAUCCAUACUUGGGACUAAUCACCUGGUAUUCAGGUGGUGGUUAUGUCCACUUGUUAAGAGGCACAAAAGAAGAAAUGCUAGCCAAACUGAGUAAAUUAAAAGAAAUGCAUUGGAUUGAAUUUUCUACACGAGCCGUCAUUAUACAGUUCACGGCUUAUAAUCCUAAUAUCAAUUUAUUUGCGAUUGUAACUGUUUUGAUUGAAAUGCCUGGCACUGGUUCGUUAAUACCAACAUAUCGUAUUGAAACAGCCAACUUAUUCGGUGCAAGUGGAUCGGAAACUAAAACUACACAGUUAGCACUUCAGGGCUUGUAUGUGUUCAUUCUGUUUUGUUAUCUGAUAAAAGAAUUGCGAAAUAUAUACAAACAACGAUUGGGAUAUUUCAUGAAAUUUUGGAAUUUCGUUGAAUUAUUCAUAAUAUUCGGCUCAGUAGCUGCCAUAGCUGCAUACAUUUACAUGAUUUUGAGCACACAGUCAGCUGUCGAGGAAUUCACACGCACAAAUGGCAAUGUAUUUAUGAACUUUCAAUUACUGGCCUAUUGGAAUGAAAAUUUAACCUACUUAACAGCUGUAAUCUGCUUUUUCGCUAUGUUAAAGCUUGUGUAUCUGUUUCGCUUUAACCGGCGGGUUGGUCUGCUUGGCUCUGUUCUAAGGUAUGCAGCAAAAGACUUGAAGUAUUUCUGUUUCAUCUUUCUAGUCAUCUUUUCCUCAUUUGUACUAGUCUUCUAUCUUUUAUACACCGAUACACUUGAUGGUUUUAGAACAGUUUUAAAUGCUGUAGAGACAAGUAUGCAAAUUAUUCUCGGGAAAUUCGACUUUACUAGUAUGUAUGAAAGAGAGAUGGUACUGGGUCCAUUACUAUUUGCUGCUUUCUCUUUAUGCGUUGUAUUUGUUAUGGUUAGUAUGUUCAUUGCUAUAUUGGAUGAAAGUUUUCACAGUGUCCUUCAAGAUUUGAGUCUACAAUCAGAUGAUCAUGAAAUCACACAGUUUAUAGCAGCUCAGUUUAUUAUUUGGAUUGGUUUACAUAAAACAGAAUGGGGUAAAAAGUUUUUGAUCACUACUGCGGCACAACAACAAGAACAGAUGUAUGAUCCAGAUGCAGACCCUGCGAAGAAUGUCAUUCAGUUAAAGUCAUUAAUGGAUGAAUUGUUGGAAUAUGUUCAACAAAACCACAUCUCUGAAGAAACAAAAUCAAACGACUCGAAGUCAUAAAUAUUGUGGUCAUAACUAUAACUUUUGACAGGCUAACUGACAGAUUACGAUAGCCAGGAAUGAAUCUUUUGGUAACUAGCAAUUUUCUUUCCUUCUUCCUACCUCAAUAUUCUCAAUUUUCACUAAAUAGAAAAAAGCACACAAAUGUGUGAGUCAUAUUGCCAAGUAUGUGUCAUUUCACUAUCGAUUAACUUUACAUUUUUCAUAUUUGCCACUUCUGGUUAUCCUAAAAUUAUUCAGAGUAAAAUAAUGUAGUUUUCAGAACGAAAUCCUUCUUAUUUAAAAACGAC